GUCCGUUGCUGCAUCAUGUUUGUGUUUAGAUUCUCCUGGGCUGUCCUGGCCCUGCUGCUGGUCUCUGUCUGGGCCGAGGAGCUCACCGAGGUAGAGGACCAAUCAGAGGAACUCUCUGUGUCCCAGCUGCUGGAGAGAGCCAAUAGGAACAGGAACCCUGAAAUUGAUGAGCCUUUCCUGAUUGGUGGCGACAUUGCCGUUAAAUCCGAGGCUGAGAAGAAUGCCGACCCCUGCACCUCCAGUGGCUGCCUGUGGAGGAAGUGGACUGAUGGAAAGGUCUACGUUCCCUACUACAUCACCAACCAGUUCUCCUCCAGGGAGAGGUCCAUCAUUGAGAGAGGUCUGGAGUCCUUCUCCUCCGUCUCCUGUAUCCGCUUCAGACCUUACCAGAAUGGCGACUCUGAGUACCUCAGCAUCGAGUCCCGCGAUGGGUGCUACUCCUUUGUUGGCCGCCAGGGUGGUGCGCAGACUGUGUCUCUGGCUCGCAGCGGCUGCCUGUACCACGGCACUGUUCAGCACGAGCUUCUGCACGCCCUGGGCUUCAACCACGAGCAGACCCGCUCUGACAGGGACAACCACAUUAGGGUGUUGCUGCAGAACGUCCAGUCUGACAUGAGGUACAACUUCAACAAGAUUGCCACUCUGAACCAGGGAACUCCCUAUGACUACAACUCUGUGAUGCAGUAUGAGAGGUAUGCCUUCUCUAUGAAUGGACAGCCCACCAUGGUGCCCUACCCCAACAGCAAUGUCUCCUUCGGCAAGGCCACCCAGAUGAGCCAGAACGACAUCACCAGGAUAAACAAACUCUACCAGUGCUAAAUGUGUUGACGUCUUCUGUGGACUCAAGGCCCCCUGGUGACGGACAUCCCGUCAAACAACCUUAAUUUUACAACUUAACUUUAAAUUCAAAACUUCAACAUAAUAAAUCUGAGCAAAGGAAAUCUGAAA